AGCAGGGGACCGGGUGAGCGAAGCGCCACGCUGAAAAAGAAAACCCCCCAAAAAACCCGAUUUUGUGCAGAAGAGGGCAUGGCUGAUGAAGGCUACGUGGUGCGGGUCAGAGGUUUGCCCUGGUCCUGUUCAUUGGAUGAAGUUGCUCGGUUCUUCUCAGAUUGUAAGAUCGCCAAUGGUGGGAACAGUAUCCACUUCACUUACACCAGGGAGGGGCGGCCCAGCGGAGAGGCGUUUGUGGAGGUGGAGACUGAGGAAGACCUCAAGAUUGCAGUGAAGAAAGAUCGAGAGACACUGGGACACAGAUAUGUAGAAGUGUUUAAAUCCAACAGUGUGGAGAUGGACUGGGUUCUUAAACACACGGGUCCAGGCUGUCCAGAGCCCGAAGGGGAGGGUUUGGUUCGGCUCCGGGGCCUCCCCUUUGGCUGCAGCAAGGAGGAGAUCGUCCAGUUCUUCUCUGGUUUAGAGAUUGUUCCUAAUGGCAUCACACUACCCAUGGACUACCAGGGCAGGAGCACCGGUGAAGCCUUCGUUCAGUUUUCUACUCAGGAGAUCGCCGAGAAAGCUUUGAAAAAACACAAGGAGAGGAUUGGGCACAGAUACAUAGAGAUCUUUAAGUCCAGCCGUGCAGAGGUGAGGACCCAUUACGAGCCGCAUCGUAAGGCUCUGGGGGGUAUGCAGCGGCCUGGACCCUACGACAGGCCAGGCGCAGGGGGCCGUGGGGGCGGCUACAAUGGAAUGAGCCGAAUAAGCUCCUAUGACAGGAGGAGAGGAGCAUAUGGAGGAGGGGCAGAUCGCUACGGCGAUAGCGGGUCCAAUUUCCAGAGCACAACAGGUCAUUGUGUGCACAUGAGAGGACUGCCGUACCGCGCAACGGAAACUGACAUCUAUAACUUCUUCUCUCCUCUGAACCCGGUGCGGGUCCACAUGGAGGUGGGUCAUGACGGCAGAGUGACCGGGGAGGCCGAUGUCGAGUUUGCGACACACGAGGACGCAGUGGCAUCCAUGUCCAAGGACAAAGCUAACAUGCAGCAUCGUUAUGUGGAAUUGUUCCUCAACUCAACAGCAGGUGGCAGUAACGGGGGCUAUGGUGGUCAAAUGAUGGGCAACCAGUCAUCCUAUGGUAACCAGGGAUACUCUGGGGGUUACAACAGCAACUCAGGCAUGGGGGGGGGCUACAACGAUUAUAGUAAGCACCAACUCCCACACACACACUCGCAGAUACACACACUCAGUUGUGCAAAUGAGCAAUGUUGGUUUGUUGUGCUUGUUUGUGUUAGGUAGUAGUACUGGUUAGUAGUACUGGUUAGUAGUGUGAGUAGUUG